AUGUUAAUUGACGCUUUAACCAAACUCUCAUUUGGUGCCGGUAAAUCAAGUGCCACCAAGGUUUCCUCCAAAUCAUCCACUGGUAUUUCCUUUGGAAAUAACAAUGUAACAUGGAAUGGUCUCCCACCACCACCACCACCACCACCAUACCGUGGUGAUGCUCCAGAAGAAGAAGAAUAA